AUGCUGCUGAAUAAUAACAUGAUUGAGUUCAUUCUGCUUGGGUUGACACAAGAUCCUGUUAAAAAGAAAAUAGUGUUUGUCGUUUUCUUGCUUUCCUACUUAGGCACAUUGUUGGGUAACUCGUUGAUUAUUGUCACCAUCAAGACCAGCCGGGCACUUGGGAGUCCAAUGUACUUCUUCCUUUUCUACUUAUCCUUAUCUGACACCUGCUUCUCUACUUCCAUAGCCCCUAGAAUGAUUGUGGACACCCUUCUGAAGAAUAGUACUAUCUCUUUUAGUGAGUGCAUGAUCCAAGUCUUUUCAUUCCAUUUCUUUGGCUGCCUGGAGAUCUUUGUACUUAUCCUCAUGGCUGUUGACUGCUAUGUGGCCAUCUGUAAACCCCUGCACUACAUGAGCAUCAUGAACUGGCAAGUCUGCAGUAUGUUGGUAGGUGUAGCCUGGGUAGGGGCCUGGGUGCCUUCUUCAGUUCAGAUUUAUCUGGCCUUGAGUUUACCUUUCUGUGGUCCCAAUGUGAUUGAUCACUAUUUAUGUGACUUUCAGCUCUUGCUGAAACUUGCCUGUACAGACACCUAUAUGACCAACCUGCUACCGGUGUCCAAUAGUGGGGCAACUUGCACAGUAAGUUUUGUCAUGCUUAUGUUCUCCUAUGUCAUCAUCUUGCAUUCUCUGAGAAAACACAGAACUGAAGGAAGGAAAAAAGCCCUUUCCACGUGCAUCUCCCAUAUCGUUGUAGUCAUCUUUUUCUUUGGUCCUUCUAUAUUUAUAUACACACGCCCCACAGAGACCUUCCCCAUGGAUAAGAUGAUAACUGUGUUUUAUACAUUUGGAACACAUUUGAUUAACCCUUUGAUUUGUACGUUGAGAAAUGCAGAGGGUGAAAAAUGCCAUGAGGAAGCUAUGGAGCAAGAAACUGAUCUCAGAUGA